AUCACGUCUGGAGGUCAAGGUUGCAAGCUGACAACAACAAGCCAGUCGCGGUCAGCUGACGUAAUUUUUCGGAACCUGCAAGAACACAAGUCCAAAAUGGCAUUUCUUAGCAAAAGCGCAUCAACAGUAAGAACACUCUGCUUGUUGAAAACUGUUGCAAACGCUGAGGUGAAAUGUUGUCAAUUAGGCAUUCAAGCUCCAGUGACAGUUUCGCAGUCGAGAAUGUGCUCAACGCUGGAUGGGCUGAAGAAGAAGCACUUGCCGACUGACUUCGACAAGAGGAUGCUGGUAUGGAGCAAAAUAUACAAGACCACAGAAGAAGUCCCAGACAGUAUUUCAUUUACCAAGAUGUCAAAGGCCAAGGAUUAUUUCCGUGUCCGAUUUGCAGCCAUAAUGUCCGUUGCUACAUUUGUUGCCAGUAUUGGUUACAUAAUCUCCGGCAAACGAGCUGUGCAGCGCGGAGAGAGCGUGUCGAGGAUGAACCUAGAGUGGCAGCAGAGGAACCGUGAUGAGGUGCAGGCCAGGAAGAGACAGGAGGGACAGCAGUGAGACAGGACACACCAGCCAGUUGAAACAGCUGAAACCAGUCUGCUUAUUUUGACAUUUAUACUUUUUGUGCAGUGGUAGACUGGAGUGAAAUGUGACCGAAUACGAUCUGAACAUCUUGUUACAAUAUUCAUCAUCAAGUGUAUAUUGGAGACCAUGUUAAGUGAUAUGAAAGCAUGCAACAUGAUAAUAUUGGAACAAGAACUGCCAGAUAAGGUCCAUUAUAAAUUUGUUUAACUUUUAAUUUUGCACUCAAGAUUUGUACAGAUUUAUGAUCCCAAUAUACUUUUAGUAUUAGCUAAGGUGUUUGUUUUUCAAUUAAUCUUUGUAUUUUGAUUAUCCAUUAAAACAAAAUUAUGAAGACAGAUUUUUAAUGAUACUAUCAUGAAUUUAAGUCUUGUUACUGUUUAAGAAAUCAUCAUUAUUUCUGUAUGACCAGCGUUUCUCCUGUAAAUGGGACAUUCAGAUGUUCCUUGUUUGACACCGUUUUAUCAGUUGGCCAUUGGCUGGGUUUGAGAUAAAUACCUGUCUGUCUCAGACACAGCCACUGGCCAUGCCAGAGACUGGCUUGAGGGUAGAGAUGCCAGAAAUGUAAUGGAUACAGUCAUGAUCAAAUUAUUUGACAUGACUUGCCGAGUAUAAUCAAUGAACUUUUAUUUUUAUUUUUAGUUUAAUUUACAUUUCUCAGAUCUAAGUUUGUUUCAGCAAUUGUCCAGACCUUGUUUUGCUUAUGCAACUGCAGUUGAUCUUUGUCUAUUUCUCGAAUCUUGUUUUUGUUUCUUGGAUUCAACUUAGCUCAGUAUGGUUAUCAUUUGUAUUGUGAUGUAUUGUCUACUCUGUGUUAGGUGGUGUGGAUAAUGUUCAAACUAAUUGUCAUUCUUAGCAGAUUGUUAUUAAACUAGAAUUAUAUAAAACAUGGAUACAGUAUUGAAAGCGUCAAAACCACGUUUCAUUCAAUACCAUCCAUUUGAAUGUGUAUUAAUAAAUUAGAUUUUGAAAAUAAAUAUUUCCUAACAUAA